UGAUUAAGGAAAAGAAAGAAAGGAAAAAGGGAAAGGAUUAAAGAAAGAUUUAAGAUUGGGGAAUAGGACCGAUUGGUAAGAAAGAUAAAGAAAGAAUAAAAUGUGUUUUGGUUGAAAAGUGAAAAAAGAGUUUUCAUGUUAAAAUGCGAGGCAAGCACGUGACCACUCAUAAUAUAUGUACCAAAAAAUUUUUUUUGCGACGACAAGAAUCGACAGACUUUUUUCGGAUCUAACUUUGUCGAAAUCAUCAAAAGCUGUUGAUUGUCUGAAUUCAAUCAUGUUUACCAAUUCGAAAACAUUCGAUUCUAGCCUGGAUUCAAUAAUUGAUAAUUGUUUAGUUUGGAAAGAUAAUAUUGGUCAUCUUCCUGGCAGUUUAUUGAAAUUUCGUCGUGAUUCGACGGGUGAAUUAUGGUUGGCGGAUGAAAAAGAUGAAACAUCUUCAUCCAGUACUGGUACUGGUAGCAGUGAUGGUGACGAUAAUGAUAAUGAUGAUGACAAUAAUGAAACUGAUAAUAACAAUGUUGAAUCAUUACAAAAGCGACAAAAAUUACUUAAAGAUCAUUUAUUUAAUGAUAAUCAUCAUCAUCAUCAUUCAGUAAUAUCGCUUUGUUCACGUUGUUUUCGUUCAGAUUUUAAAGCCGAUUUGGUUAAAAAUAACAAAUAUUGCAAACAAUGUUCACAAAUUGAUCCACAAUUAUAUAAAAUUUAUAAAAAUUUUGAUUCCAAUUCCAAAACAUCCACGACAACAACUACAACAUUGUCGAAGGCGAAUAUUAAUGAACAGUAUGAUGAAGAAAAACAUGCCAAUUCAUUACGAAAACUUCAACAACAACAACCAAACUUAUCGAAUGAUUUCGAAUUUCCUGAUCAAUUUGAUUGGGAAAAAUAUUUGAAAAAAUAUCAAUCGAUUGCUGUACCAGUGGAAUAUUUUUCCCCCGAACAAAAUUAUCCUACCCGACAGAAUGGAUUUAAAGUUGGCAUGAAACUUGAAGGAAUUGAUCCAUUACAUCCAUCCAAAUUUUGUUGUUUAACCGUUGUCGAUGUUCAAGGUUUUCGUUUGCGAUUACAUUUUGAUGGUUAUAGUAGUCGAUUUGAUUUUUGGAUCAAUGCUGAUAGUAAACAAAUAUUCCCGAUUGGUUUUUGUCGAAAAACACGUAGAAAAUUAGAAUACCCACCUGGAAUGAAUUCAGGUUCAUUCAAUUGGAAACAAUAUCUAUCAGCAACAAACAGUAUUGCUGCACAUGAAGAUCUUUUCACUAUCAAUAAGUUCAAUUCGACGAUUGAUAAUCAUUCAAUUAUCGAUAAUAAUAAAUUUCAAAUCAAUGAUAAAUUAGAGGCGGUCGAUAUUGCAAACAGUGCAUUGAUUUGUGUGGCUACAAUCAAGGAUAUACUUGAUGAUCAGAUUCUUAUACAUUUUGAUGGUUGGGAUGAUAGUUUUGAUUAUUGGACAUCAACAACAUCACCAUUAAUACAUCCAAUUAAUUGGUGUAAAUCAAAAUCAAAAUGUUUAACUGCACCGAAUGGUUAUCGUAAAGAAUUCAUAUGGGAAGAUUAUCUUCGAGAAACUGAUUCCAGGCCAGCACCUGAAACAGCAUUCAACAAUUCAAUUGAAUCGAAACAAACAAUGAAACAUCAUUUAUGGCGACAAGGAAUGCGUCUGGAAGCCGUUGAUAAACGUAAUCCUUAUUUAAUUCGUGUUGCUACUGUUGUUGAUCGAAAUAUGCAUUCAAUUACGAUUCAUUUUGAUGGUUGGGAUGAAAAAUAUGAUUGUUUGUACAACGAGGAUUCACCGGAUUUACAUCCAAUUAAUUGGUGCAAACAAACCAAUCAUAAAUUGGAACCACCACCAAACAAAUCUAAAUUGAAUACAUUAUGUCCAGUUGCAUUUUGCAAUGGUUUUGGUCAUCAAAAAUGGUACAGAUAUCGAACACAUUCACGAGAAAAGGAUUGUCCAUAUUCCAAAUUCAAUUAUGAUUCGGAAAGAAAUGAAAAUCUCGAUCGUUUUGCUGAUCUUAUUGUUUUCGAUAGUGAAGAUGAUGAUGAUGAUGAUAUGAUGAUUAUGAAUGAACAAAAUAAUUUCGAAAUGUUCAAUCAGAUGGACGAUCAUAAAAUAAAAUGUGAACCAAACGAUGACAAUAAAAUUCAUCCAUAUUAUCUUAAGUUAAUCAAAGAAAAUUAUUUAGAAAUGAAGGAAACGCUGAAAAACAAUAAUGUUCAUACAUUGAGAUAUUUAAUGAAUUAUGUUAAAAAUCUUGAUUUCAAUCCAUUCGAUAUUGUUGGAUUUGAUUGUCAAAAAAUGUUUGAAGUUAUUCUGAAAUUAACCAACAAUAGGGAAACGGCCAAUAUUUUCAUACAAGAGAAAAUCGAUGGCAUUGCUUUUCUUUGUAUUCGUCAUGAAGAAAUUCAAAACAAACUUAAAAUUGAUCUCAAUUCGGCCGUAAAAAUUGUACCAUUUUUGUUUGCCAAUCUUAAAUUUAUAUUCAAAGAUGGCUUUUAAGCAAAACAAAAUUUCGAAAUUUGAAUGACCAUGAAUAAAGAAUAUUUUAU